UAAGUGAGAGUGAGUGUAAAUUGAUCACGAGAGAGGGUAAGCCACCGCCGACCUUGCGCUCAUCUGUUCUAACGGUGAUUCAUUUUGCGUAUGUGUUUUGCUUUGGCUUUAUUUUGUACGUUGUAUAAAGUUACACUUAAAGCUAUUUUACAAGUUUAAAAAUGAUUAAAGCUAUUUUAGUAUUCAACAACCACGGGAAACCAAGGCUCUUACGCUUCUACCAGCAUUACACUGAGGAACAGCAGCAACAAAUAGUGCGAGAAACUUUUCACCUCGUAUCAAGGAGAGAUGAUGACGUUUGUAGUUUCCUGGAAGGUGGAACUUUAAUUGGGGGUUCCGAUUACAAACUUAUUUAUCGACAUUACGCAACACUUUACUUUGUAUUCUGUGUGGAUUCUUCUGAAAGUGAACUUGGUAUACUAGAUUUAAUACAGGUUUUUGUUGAAACACUGGAUCGUUGUUUUGAAAAUGUUUGUGAACUUGAUCUUAUCUUCCAUGUAGACAAGGUUCAGUACAUACUUGCCGAGAUAGUAAUGGGGGGAAUGGUCCUUGAAACCAACAUGAAUGAUAUUUGCUCUAGGUUUCUUGAGCAAGAUAAGCUGGAAAAGUCUGAGGCUGGUUUAUCUGCAGCACCAGCGAAAGCAGCAGCUGCACUUAAGAACAUUGACUUACCAAGUUUACCUAAGGAUCUCAAACUACCAGACCUACCAAAGCUUCCAUCUUUUAGAUGAAAAUCAAAAAUUCUUUCGGUUUAAUUCAAAUCUUUACAGUCAAGGGUGUAUCUGGCGAACCAAUGAUUCAUCAAAUGUUAUGUUUUGGUUAUGUUGUCCUUGUAGUUAAGGUUUAUUGCGAAAUAUCUUCUGGUUUAAUUCAAUUUAAAUCUUCAUACUCAUGUUUUGUCGACAAAUUGCGAUAUAUUUUCAAGUAGUUAAAGUUUAUUGCAAAUUUGUAUUUUCUGGUCAGGUUCAAUUCAACUCAAAACUUCAAAGUCAUGGGUGUAUGUGGCAAAGCAAGAUUUCAAAUGUUCUGCUAUUUCCUACAUUUGGGAUCAUUUUUUUGUAGUUAAAGUUUAUUGCAAAAUUGUAUCGUCUCGUCAGGUUCAAUUCAACACCCAUGGUCAUUGAUGUAUAUGUGACAAAGCCAGCGUUUUACAGAAUGCUCUGCUUUGUUAACCAUUUGGGUUUAUUUUCUUUUGAUAAAGUUUAUUGUGAAAUUGUAAUGUUUCCAUUUAUAAAUCGUUUGGGAAGACCGUUCUAACCGAUUCUGUAAACAGUGCUCCAGUUACUUAGCAGUUAAACUUGUCUGCUUAAAAAAUCUAAUGUGUCGUUACCGUGCAAUGACCGUUAUCUUAUUCCAUAUUUAAUAAACGUAAUGUAGUGUUUA